AUGCUUCCAGGGUUGGAAAAGUUGCUCAACACCGAAACCCUCUUCAGCUUUACGGCAACUCAGGAAUCGGCCGUCAAGUACUCGCAGAUGUCACCACUUGACAACGUUAGCCUAGCCAGUGCAGCCACCAGUCGCCGCUCAAGCUUCAUCGGCUUGGAUCUCCCUCCUUCAUCACACUCUGUCGGAAGCUACCAACUCCCUGGUGACCUUGGCCGCUACAGUUCACCCUUUGAUAAGGGCAUCCAGGAAUCAGAAAACAUGCCCGAACUAGCCCCAUUCGCCGACAAUGAAUUCAACCCAGUUUGCAGCGUUGGCCUUGAUUUUGAUGCUGACGGCAACUUGAUCGGUAUACUUGACGACGAGCCUGAACUGCCACCAUUGCGUGGCACGAGUCCCGACCCUCUCCACGCGGCCGGUGUUACGACGCCGAGACUUGGGGAUAUAAUGUAUCAAGAUAAUCAGGGCUUGGUGGAAGAGCCCAUUCCUGAUCUUGGGGAAGCUGCACUGCCGGAUGCAGAGCCGUUCGCUGUGCCCCCAGGCGUCGAAGAACGCAACACUGACGCACCAACACUGGCCACGGAGACCACAGAAACUGGAAAAGCCGCAGCUCCAUGCAGAGUUUCCCAUCGUCGAAAGUUUCCAGAAAUGCUUGACCAAGAACUCCGAGUCCCACGAGACGAGUUUCGUGGUUGGACCGAGAACUAUGCCACAAACAUGCUCGCGGCCCGGAACAGAAUCAAGGCCACAACGCAAGCAAAAGCUAAACAAAAUGCACUCGCGUUUCUCUACUGGAAGGGGCUAGCACAAGUUGGCGAUUUCCAGAGAGACUUCGGCAUCAAUCACCCAUUGGCACACGAAUUCGCUGGUACAGCUCUAAAGGCUCACGUUUUGGGGCUCAACGUAGACGAUAUUGAGGAUAUCAAUCCGAAGAAGGGCAGACGCCGCAAGUCGCCCGAAGCAUUUGGGGACGGCCACGGCGACAUCAGAAACGUACGACGGCGUGUAGACGAAGAUGAGUUUGCGCGAGGAGAAGCUGCCGGGCCCGGAGACGGCCUCGAUCUCGGCCACGACUCGGCUCCAGAAAUGGGCCUAGAAGCCGGCGCAGCACUCGAGGACAAACACUCGUCCUCCCUGAUGCCCUGGAGCCGUCAAGGAUCCGCGGCACCUGGAUCGGCCCCCCGCGCCCUGGGAAGUGCUCAGAAGUCCGUCACGGCGCCCAGCCCCCUCCACGGCCGAGGAAGCCUCAUCGGCUCCGUCGAAAGACAGAGCGAUCCUAUCGAAGGCUCUCUUGGCGUUGUCGGCUUCGACUCCCAGCUGUCGUCGAUGGACUUUGAACAGGGCCUCCUGAAACCCAACUUUGAUGCCGCAAACGACACUCUUCCGUCUACCCAAGGGCUAGACACCUCCAGCCAACGCUUCCUGACGUACGUUGCAAACCAAUUCGCGGCGGAGGAUGCCCUCGGAACCCACGACGCACAGCACAAGUACUGGAUUGAUUUCGACAGUCUUGCCCAUCCGGACGUUCACACCAAGGCCAUCGCUGCACAAGCCUUCCUUCACGUGCUUUCCCUCGCGACCAAGAACGUCAUUUCCGUUGAGCAGGAUGGCAUCGAGGACAAGCAGCCCUUUGGCGCUCUCCGCGUCGGGCUUACAGGCCAUGUUCUUGACGCGGCUGCCGCCAUCGUUGAAUGA